CCCACCAUGAACCCGGCAUUCCAGCCAGGAAGCCACUGGGCUUGCAGCGCUUCUGUAUAAAGUGACACACGAGAUGGAAGCAGUUGUGCAGUGGCCAGCCAAUGUGAUGGACCAUAAAACAGCAAUUGAAAAGAAAGAUCAGAUAGGGUCUAUGGAUACUGCAGAAUUCAUGAAUGCAGCCAGUCAAGGCAAACUGACUGUAAUAGACAAGUAUCUGGCUGAUGGUGGGAACCCUAAUGUCCAUGAUGAGUUGAAGAGGACAGCAUUACACCGCGCCUCUCUGGAAGGACACACUGCAGUUGUCCAAAUGCUUUUAGAAAAGGGAGCCGAUAUCAACUUUGAAGACCAACUGGGCUCCAGGGCCAUUCACUGGGCCUGCAGAGGGGGAAGCUUGAAUGUUGUCAAAGCCCUUAAGAGCCACGGGGCUGACCUGGAUGUUAGAGAUAAGUUGUACAGCCCUCCUCUGCAUGUGGCCACAAGAACAGGCCACACUGCCAUUGUGGAGUACCUGCUCUCCUGUGGUGCCAAAAUCAACUCCAGGGACAGGGAAGGGGACACAGCCUUGCAUGAUGCUGUGCGUCUCAACAGAUACAAGAUAGUGAAGCUGCUCAUAGUUGCAGGGGCUGACACAAAAAUACAAAAUCAUGAGGGAGUGACCGCAAUGCAGCAGUUAAAACAAUGGCAGUUUGACAUCAUGGAGACCCUCCAGAGGGAGGUGGGACCCGAAAACACCUCAAGAUAGUUCUAAAGCUGUACAUCUACUCACAGUAUAUUCUUAAUAACAUCCAUUUCUAUAACUAUCACUGUGGGUCUGUGUACAUCAUACUUGAGUAUAUGCAUUAUAUGUGUUCACUAACAAAAUCCUUUCCAGGGCAUGGUGGUUAAUCCUCUGAGAUCACACUGAACUCUUGACACUAUAUGUCAGCUUGGAUGUGACAAAAUCCAAAUUAUCUGAUUAUCUUAAAAAAGGAGACAAAAACAUACAAAUGAGAAGAAUUUCUCAAAUCCUUUUUUCCAAGCUUUGGCAUUUGAUGUUUGAUGACUUCUAAAGAGCUUUAUGAUCUGAGGAUCACUCAUGGAUGUUUCACAUCUGAUUAGCGAUGCCUUUGGAAGUUUAAUAUUAUUAAUAGAUAUUGCUGUGCAGAAGCUACAUUUCAAUAUACAUUACAUCAAGAGGUCCUUGUUUUAUUGGGGCAACAGACAAGGCCAGAGCACACAGUAGCACUGCGUUUGAGACGUCAGCUGACGAUAGCAGAAAUGGCCGGUAUGCCCCUGCUAAAGUCAGGGAUUCAAGGGGAGCUCAGAGGACAUUUUUUCCUUCUAUCAUCAGUGGCUCAUAUGUUCCUGGGGGAGGUUGGUCACUCAAAACGGAAUAGCAACAGCUUGCUCCACUGCUUGCAAUGUAGUUCUUUAUGUACAGUUAGUCAUUUCACACGCAGCCAUUCAAUUUGUAAGCACAUUUUGUUCAACAAAUAUUCUGCUACUAUGGCAUUAUUCACAAUGUAAAUGCAGUUUUGAAAAGCAUGCAGUUACUGUCUUCUGUUAAAAACCAAUGUGUUUAUUGUAGAUGACAUAUCAGAUACAUUAUCAGCAAUGCACAGUAUUUCCUGUUAGAAGCACGGCUGUGUAACUGUCAUGGACUUUAGUGGAGACACGUACCAUGUACAAUACAAGGUUAUACAAACUAUGUGACAGACAGUGUUGCCAUUUAUGUUGUCAACCUGACCCAAACAGAUAUAUUACGGCAUAUCGUCAAUGUUAUAUGGUUCAUGGAUCAGAAAGAUUAAAUCUCUUGCACUCAUAUAUGUUUUACAGCUGUAGUUCUGUUGUUUUCAAUUCCAUGUGAGAUACAAGCAGUAUGCCGCUGUGCUGUUGCUGAGGGCUGGAGUGGUGUAGAAUUUGAAGGGGGAUGGGAAAACUGGAGGCUUCUGCUAUGUGGCAAGCCAAAAACCAGAGGAACCUGUUUAUCUAUGAAAUGGUUAAAUUUACUCCCUACUGUUGCAAAUUUGACACAUCUAAAGCCAUUGUGUUACAAGAUCAGAAAUACUUAAUGAUACUGUGUCCAAGCGCAAUGAAAAGCAUGUUUUUUUCUCAACACAAGGCUUUAUUAAACAGAUUACCACCUAGGCAAUACAUACUCAGACCUAUUCUAGGAUAAUGAGGGGAUACUGUGCAGUAGUCUUAUCUAAGAGCACUUUAUCUAAGAGCAUUAUAUUGUUACUAAAAAAAA